GGCAUCCGGUCGGCGUCAGUAUCAGACGUCCGCCAGGAGAUCUCACAUCUUGACGGGAUGACGUCUUGAAAACGUCUCUUUUGUUCAUUCAACGGCGCAAAAAAAACUAUUUGUUAUAUUAUUAAUAUUUUUUUAUUUUUUUUUGGGAGUAAAUCGCGUUUUGUCUUGGCUGUGUGACGUCAGGAGAAUUAGACGCACCUGCCACAAACAACACGCCGCUUCGACACCGCAGCUAGCAAGAACAAACAAUUGGAGAAAAAAAUACAUUCUUUUUUUUUUUUUUUUUUAAAAAGGAAGUAUUUAAUUAAUGGUCGCUGUGUUUUUAUUCGGACUUCGGCGCGAGCUAAGCCGUGUUCGAGAGAGCUUCUGUUUAUGUUCAGCUAGCUAGCUCCUAGAAGCCUCCAUAACAAUAAGAAUAAUACUAAUAAUACAAGAAUUGUGCGCCAUGUCGCCCUGAACAAGACAGCCAUGUGGGUGAGUCCCGAAGAGGUGCUGCUGGCGGGCGCCUUGUGGAUGACGGAGAGAGCCAAUCCUUACUUCAUCCUGCAGAAGAGGAAAGGCCAUGGCGGCGCGGGAGGAGGACUGGCGGGUUUGCUGGUGGGAACCUUGGACGUUGUGCUGGAUUCCAGUGCCCGAAUGGCCCCCUAUAGGAUUCUGUACCAAACCCCGGACUCACUGUCCUACUGGAUCAUCGCUCACGGAACAUCGCGUAAAGAGAUCACGGAGCACUGGGAGUGGCUGGAGCACAACAUGCUGCAGACGCUCUCCAUCUUUGAGAACGAGAACGACAUCACCACCUUCGUCAAAGGAAAAGUCCAGGGCAUCAUCGCGGAGUACAACAAGAACCACGAUGUCAAAGAGGACGACGACACGGACAAGUUCAAAGAGGCCAGCUCCAGGUUCCGCAAGUUGUUUGGCAUGCCGGAGGAGGAGAAGCUGGUCAACUAUUACUCCUGCAGCUACUGGAAGGGCAAGGUGCCCCGACAAGGGUGGCUCUACCUCAGCAUCAACCACCUGUGCUUCUACUCCUACUUACUAGGCAAAGAAGUCAAACUGGUGGUGCGCUGGGCGGACAUCACGCAGCUGGAGAAGAGCGCCACCCUCCUGCUGCCCGACGGCAUCAAGGUGAGCACGCGCAGCCACGAGCACGUCUUCUCCGUCUUCCUCAACAUCAACGAGACCUUCAAGCUGGCGGAGCAGCUGGCCAACAUCGCCAUGCGUCAGCUCCUGGACAACAAGGGCUUCGAGGAGGACCGCUCGCUGCCCAAACUCAAGAAGAAGUCGCCCAAGAAGGUGUCGGCCCUCAAGAGGGACUUGGAUGCCAGAGCCAAGAGCGAGCGUUACAGGGCGCUGUUCCGUCUGCCCAAAGAUGAAAAACUGGACGGGCACACAGGGUGCACCCUGUGGACUCCUUUUAACAAAAUGCACAUUCUGGGACAGAUGUUUGUCUCCACCAACUACAUCUGCUUCACCAGCAAAGAGGAGAUGCAGUGUAGCCUCAUUAUUCCACUUCGGGAGGUGACCAUCGUGGAGAAGGCAGACAGCUCCAACGUGCUGCCCAGCCCGGUCUCCAUCAGCACCAAGAACCGCAUGACUUUCCUGUUUGCCAAUCUGAAGGACCGAGACUUCCUGGUGCAGAGGAUCUCCGACUUCCUGCAGCAGACCCCCUCCAAGAGUUCCUUGGAGCGGGAACUCACCGGCAGCCUCAACAGCUCCGACGACGAGGUUUACUCCCAGCACGGGUCGCUGCUCUCCACCAGCCCACAGCACAGCCUGUGUUCGGAGGGCGAGCGGAGCUUCAACCUGAACGACAGCAGCGUGCCCACCGCCACGCAGGCCCUCAUGACCAUGUACCGCCGCCGCUCGCCGGAGGAGUUCAAUCCCAAACUGGCUAAAGAGUUCCUGAAGGAGCAGGCUUGGAAGAACCACUUCACCGAGUACGGCCAGGGGGUGUGCAUGUACCGCACCGAUAAGACUAAAGAACUGGUCCUGAAAGGCAUCCCCGAGGGCAUGAGAGGAGAGCUCUGGCUCCUCUUCUCAGGGGCGAUCAACGAGAUGGCCACCAAUCCCGGCUAUUACGAAGACCUGGUGGAGAGGUCGAUGGGGAAGUACAACUUAGCCACGGAAGAGAUCGAGCGAGACCUUCACCGCUCGCUGCCGGAGCACCCCGCCUUCCAGAACGAGAUCGGUAUUGCUGCACUUCGCCGGGUCCUAACCGCUUACGCCUUCCGAAACCCGAACAUCGGAUACUGCCAGGCCAUGAAUAUCGUGACGUCGGUGUUGCUGCUCUACGCCAAAGAGGAGGAGGCCUUCUGGUUGUUAGUGGCGCUCUGUGAGAGGAUGCUGCCAGACUACUACAACACCAGGGUCGUAGGAGCUCUGGUGGACCAAGGCGUGUUCGAGGAGCUGGCGCGCGAGUACGUGCCCCAGCUGUAUGACUGCAUGCAGGACCUGGGCGUCAUCUCCACCAUCUCGCUCUCCUGGUUCCUCACCCUCUUCCUGUCGGUCAUGCCGUUUGAGAGCGCCGUGGUGGUGGUGGACUGCUUCUUCUACGACGGCAUCAAGGUGAUCUUUCAGCUGGCGCUCUCCGUGCUACACGCCAACAUCCACCAGCUGCUGGGGUGCAAGGACGACGGCGAGGCCAUGACCGUGCUGGGCAGGUACCUGGACAACGUGACCAAUAAGGACAGCACCUUGCCUCCCAUCCAACAUCUGCACUCCUUGCUGACGGACAAUGGAGAACCACAUCCAGAGGUGGACAUCUUCAAACUGGUCCGCAGCUCUUAUGAGAAAUUCGGCUCCAUCCGCGCCGACGUGAUCGAGCAGAUGCGUUUCAAACAGAGGCUGAGGGUCAUCCAAACCAUCGAAGAUACAACAAAGCGCAACGUGGUCAGAAGUGUUGUGACAGAGACCGCCUUUAGCAUGGACGAGUUGGAGGAACUCUAUGUCCUCUUUAAGGCCGAGCACCUGACCAGCUGCUACUGGGGAGGCAGCAGCAACCCCACCGAGCGCCACGACCCCAGCCUGCCCUACCUGGAGCAGUACCGCAUCGACGUGGAGCAGUUCAAGGGCCUCUUCAACCUCCUCUUUCCCUGGGCCAACGGCGCCCACUCGGACCCCUUGGCCGCGCGCUUCUUUCGCCUGCUGGAUCAGAACGGGGACGCCUUCAUUAAUUUCCGGGAGUUCAUCAACGGCCUCGGCGUUCUAUGUCACGGGGACCUCACAGAGAAGCUGAAGCUCCUCUACAAGACGCACGUUCUCCCUGAGACGACGAGUGAACAGGAGGAGCCUGACUCCGCCUUCGAGGCCACGCAGUACUUCUUUGAAGACAUCACCCCAGAAACAUCGCUAGGUCAGGACACAAAGAACCGAAUUGAGAAGGAUGACGGCUUUGUCAGGGUUACUUUCAAAACGGAAAAAGUGAAGAAAUUCAACAACCCCGACUACCGACACUACCUGAAACUGUGGAACCAAGAGAGCAAGUCUAAGACGGAGCACGCUAAAGAUCUUCCCAAGCUGAAUCAGAGCCAGUUCAUCGAGCUGUGCAAGACGCUGUACAGCAUGUUCAGCGAGGACGUGGCGGAGCAGCAGCUGUACCACGCCACCGCCACCGUCACCAGCCUGCUGCUGGAGAUGGGCGAGGUGGGCAAGCUCUUCUGCCGCGCCGGCAGGGUCCGGGAGCCGACCCAGGCGGACACCUUUGUCCCCGGCGCGGCGGAGGAGGGAAAAGGCGGGGAUGUCGGCCAGCCCUCGCCGCCCAUGCAGGACAUCAAGCUGGAAGACGCGUCGCCCAAAGACACCGGCGCCUCGUCGUCGGCCAUGCUCACCUCUGACGACGAGGCCAAAGACGACACGUCGGUGUCGUCGUACUCUGUGCUCAGCGCCGGCUCGCACGACCUGGACGACAAGCUGCAGUGCGAAGACAUCGCCGACGACACGGUGCUGGUGAGGAGCGAGGGCCAGGACCAAGACCAAGACCAAAACCGGCGCGGCGGAGGCGUGGACAAAGACUGGGCCAUCACCUUUGAGCAGUUCCUGGCGUCCGUGCUCACCGAGCAGGCGCUGGUCAGCUACUUUGAGAAGCCCGUGGACGUGACGGCUCGCAUCACAAACGCUAAGAAUGUUCACAAAGUGGGGCGCCCCCUGCUGUCCACCAGUGACUAUGAAAUCUCUCUGUCCGGCUAGGAGUCCUAGUCCUCAAUAUUUCAUGUCCAGUACCUGACUUGUAGUAGAAAGUACACGUGCAGUAGACGUCUUGUCUUCUGUCCACAAUAUUGCACGUCCUGAAUGUUGUGCAACUAUAUACCGCUCACCUCCGUUUACCCUUUAAGGUACUACUGCACUCUCCUAGUGUCCAGUGUAGUAGUACUACUACUACGCUCCUAGUAUCCAGUGUAGUACUACUACUACUACGCUCCUAGUAUCCAGUGUAGUAGUACUACUACUACUACACUCCUAGUAUCCAGUGUAGUACUACUACUGCACUCUCCUAGUGUCCAGUGUAGUACUACUACUGCACUCUCCUAGUAUCCAGUGUAGUACUACUUCAUUCUCCUAGUAUACAGUGUAGUACUACUACUGCAUUCUCCUAGUAUCCAGUGUAGUACUACUACUGCAUUCUCCUAGUAUCCAGUGUAGUACUACUUCAUUCUCCUAGUAUCCAGUGUAGUACUACUUCAUUCUCCUAGUAUCCAGUGUAGCACUACUUUAUCUCCUAGUAUCCAGUGUAGUACUACUACUGCACUCUCCUAGUAUCCAGUGUAAUACUACUUCUUCACUCUUCUAAUAUCCAGUGUAGUACUACUACUGCGCUCCCCUAGUAUCCAGUGUAGUACUACUACUUCAUUCUCCUAGUAUACAGUGUAGUAUACUACUGUACUCUCCUAAUAUCCAGUGUAGCACUACUACUUCACAAUCCUAGUAUCCAGUGUAGUACGACUACUUCACAUCAUAACUCAACAGGAAAAUGGGGCUCUCCUGUUGUUGCUUCCCUAAGGAGACCCAUUUUAUCCAAGAAGAGACUGAGGAAAGCAAAAGAAUAAGGGACUCCUGUAUUUAUUUCUAAGGAUGGCGACCUUACCAAAGAGGAGACUGAGAGCAGCGAGACAACGCGGGAGUCAUGUGUUCCUAUAAGGAGACAUACUUUUAUGAAGGGGAAUAUAGGGGAGAACAAGGGUGCCCUGUAUUUACUUCUAAGGAGAUUAGCCUUGUCCAAGAGGGGACUGAGGGCAGCAAGAGAACGAGGUAGUCCUGUAUUUAUUUCUCUAAAAAGACAUAUUCAUUACAGGAAGGAGACUGGGGAGAAAAAGGGUGCACUGUAUUUACAUCUAAGGAGAUUAGCCUUAUCCAAGAGGAGACUGAGGGCAGUGAGAGAACGAGGGAGUCUUGUAUUCAUUUUGUCUAAUAAGACAUACUCAUUCCAAAAGGGAGACAAGGGAGAACAAGGGUGCCCUGUAUUUACUUAUAAGGAGAAAAGUCUUAUCCAAGGGGAGACCGAGGGCAGUGAGACAACGAGGGAGUCCUGUAUACAUUUCUAUAAGGAGACAUUCAUUCUAAGGGGGAGAGUGGGGACAACAACGGUGUCCUGUAUUUACAUUUUUAAGGAGAAAAGCCUUACCCAAGAGGAGACUGAGGGCAGCAAGAGAACGAGGGAGUCCUGUAUUUAUUUUUCUACAGGGACAUAUUCAUUCCAAGAGGAGACUGGGGCGAACAAGGGUGUCCUGUACUUACUUCUAAAGAUAUUUGCCUUAUCCAAUAGGAGACUAAGGGCGGUGUGGCAAUUACAGACUACUGUAAUAUCAUCUAAGUGGAAAAGGGAGGCACCAAGGAGACUAAUAUCAGGUAAAAUUUACCUCUAAGGGUACACAUUUUAUCCAAGUGGAGAUUGAGGGCAGAAAGAGAACAAGGGUCGGCUGCAGCUACCUGGGAAGAUACACAUUUUAUUCAAGAGACUGAGGGGAGGGACAAAGGUCUCUGUAGAGAGAUUUUAUCCAAAUAGACACUAAGGGUCACCGUAGCACGAAAAUACAUAUUUUAUCCAGAAGGAGACUACAGGCAACAAAUAAACAAUGAUGGACUGCAUUUACUUUUAUCAAUACUCAAUUUUAUCCAAUAGGAGACUGAGGGCAGCAAUGAUCUGGAAAGAGACCAUAUUUUAUCCAAAAGGAGACUACAGGCAACAAAAAAAACAAAUGAUGUACUGCAUUUACUUCUGUCAAUACUCAAUUUUAUCCAAGAGGGGACUGGGGGCAGCAAUGAUCUGGAAAGAGACAAUAUUUUAACCAGAAGGAGACUACAGGCAACAAAAAAGCAAUGAUGGACUGUAUUUGCUUCCAUCAAUACUCAAUUUUAUCCAAGAGGAGACUGAGGGCAGCAAUGAUCUGGAAAGAGACAAUAGUUUAUCCAGAAGGAGACUACAGGCAACAAAAAAGCAAUGAUGGACUCUAUAUCAAUACUCAAUUUUAUCCAAGAGAAGACUGAGGGCAGUAAUGAUCUAGAAAGAGACAAUAUUUUAUCCAGAAGGAGACUACAGGCAACAAAAAAGCAAUGAUGGACUGCAUUUCCUUCAAUCAAUACUCAAUUUUAUCCAAGAGGAGAGUAAGGGCAGCAAUGAUAUGGAAAGAGACAAUAUUUGAUCCAGAAGGAGAUUACAGGCAACAAAAAAACAAUGAUGGACUGCAUUUACUUCUAUCAAUUCUCAAUUGUAUCCAAGAGGAGACUGAGGGCAGCAAUGAUCUGGAAAGAGACAAUAUUUUAUCCGGGAGGAGACUAUAGGCAACAACAAAAAAAGCAAUGAUGGGCUGCAUUUACUUCUAUCAAUACUCAAUUUUAUCCAAGAGGAGACUGAGGGCAGCAAUGAUCUGGAAAGAGACAUUUUAUCCAGAAGGAGACUACAGGCAACAAAAAAGCAAUGAUGGACUGCAUUUACAUUUAUCAAUACUCAAUUUUAUAUAAGAGGAGACUGAAGGCAGCAAUGAUCCGUUGUAUUAACCGGAAAGAGACAAUAUUUUAUUCAGGAGGAGACUGUGGGCAGUCCUAGAGCUAAGUGGACUACAAGAAGGCUGACUUGACUCGAACAAAUCCUAUUGGUCGAUGGCCACUAAUCACUUCCUUUGUGAUGACGUCAUCAUAAUCACGUCCUGUGUAAUGACUGUGAUGAUGUAAUCACUGUGAUGAUGUAAUCCUAAUCAUGUUUUGUACAGGAGAUAUGAAUGUUGACACUACUUUAUAUUUUAUAUGUACGUUUGUGUUUUUAAGCUGCUCCAAAAGUCCAUCACUUCAUCACAAUAAAUAAACAACAGUAAAA